UAUUGGCGGCUAAAUUAAAUUGUCUGAUUGACAUUAUCUUAGUUUAGUUAGUAAAAUGCAGAGCCUGAGUCGAGUCGCCCAGAACGGAGCUCUAUUAGCGUGCUUCAGCCUGCUGUGUGUAGCAAAUGGAGUGAGCGCGCUAGUGAGAUCUGGGUUGAGCAACUAUACGUUUCCAGACAAUUUUAUGUUUGGAGUUGCAACGGCUGCAUUUCAAAUAGAAGGUGGUUGGAAUGCUGGGGGCAAAGGUGAGAGUGUGUGGGACACAUACAUACACAAGCACCCAGAUUACACGUUGGACAAGUCAAAUGGCGAUGUAGCGGCUGAUUCCUACCACAAAUAUAAACAAGAUAUAGUUAUGGUCGAAUCCCUUGGAGUGAAGUAUUACCGACUGUCGAUAUCAUGGCCGAGAAUUCUACCAAAGGGAACAGAUGACUAUAUAAAUAUGGAAGGUGUUAAAUACUACAGGCGGGUAUUUGAAGGCCUAUUGAAAGCAAAUAUAACACCUGUUGUAACCCUUUAUCAUUGGGACCUCCCAACCCCUCUCAUGGAUCUUGGCGGCUGGACUAAUCCCAAAAUUAUUGAUUACUUUGAGGACUACGCGAGGGUUGCAUUCAGGUUGUUCGGCGAUGUCGUCAAACAUUGGACCACGAUUAAUGAGAUACAUAUCCACUGUUAUCAUGGUUACGGGAACGACUACUUCGUGCCCGCUGUAAAGUUUCAAGGUGUCGCCGAAUAUUUAUGUUCCCACUAUAUGUUGCUGGGACACGCGAGGGUGUAUCACCUAUAUGAUAAAACAUUCAAACCCUACCAAAAAGGUAUAAUUGGAAUUACACUGGAUUCUUUCUUCGCCGAACCCAAAGACGAAAAUAAUCCCGACGAUGUUGCCGCUGCAGAAAGAUAUCUACAAAUGAGAUUGGGGCAAUACGCCCAUCCAAUCUAUUCAAAGGAAGGGAAUUACCCAGUCCUUGUCCGUGAACGGAUUUACAACAUGAGUAUCAGUCAGGGUUUUGCAAGGUCACGUCUGCCGGUCUUCACACCGCAAGAGAUAGAGAUGUUACGAGGCAGCUCCGAUUUCUUCGGAUUAAAUCACUAUACAUCAAUAUUAGCAUCUUCGAGUUCAAUGGAAGACAGGUGGGCUGUACCAUCAUUAGACCAUGAUACAGGUGUUAAGGGGGAACAGGACCCAAAAUGGCCGAUACCUGGGGCUCCAUGGCUUGCAGUCCAUCCCCCGGGCUUUCGUAAAUUGCUUAACUGGAUAACCAAACAAUAUGGUACCAAAGUACCCAUUAUUGUCACUGAGAAUGGCAUGUCGGAUUCUGGAUCUCUCAACGAUUACGAAAGAGUAUCAUACUAUAACCACUAUUUAGAACAGCUGCUUUUAGCAAUACAUGAAGAUGGUUGCAACGUUGCUGGGUACAUAGCGUGGACGUUAAUGGACGACUUUGAGUGGAAGGAUGGUUAUUCAGUGAAAUUUGGCCUCUUCCACGUGGAUUACAAAAGCCCUAGAAGAACGCGGACGCCAAAACUUUCCGCUAUAAACUACAGAGAAAUAGUAACAACAAAAAGAAUAAAUUUCGAUUAUAUUAAAAUACCUUCAUAUAGAUAUAGUCAGUUAUUAUAACAAUAAUAAUUAAGAAAUUGUUACAAGAACUGAUAUUGUUGCUUAUUUAUAAGUAUUAUAUUGUGAUAGUUGUAAAUAAUAAAUUAUACAUUUUUCACGUUU